UUUAUUUUGGUGAGGGUGUUGUAUUGUAGGCUUGUAGUCUAUUGAAAGUGAAAGAAUGGCCGCCAUUAAGAAAGCAGCAGUUCUGUACCACUAUCCAUGCCCCGACGGCGCGUUCGCCGCACUCGCCGCCCACCUAUACUUCUCGGCCACUUCAAUCCCAACCCUGUUUUUUCCGAACACCGUCUACAACCCCAUCACCUCUCAAGACCUACCUCUCCAUCAAAUCACCCAUCUUUACCUUCUCGACUUCGUCGGCCCUCCCGGUUUCGUACCCCAUGUCGCUUCUAAGGUCCCCAAUGUCGUAAUUUUGGACCACCACAAGACCGCCCUCGAGACCCUCGGCGCCGGCGCUGGCCCCGGAGACAAAAACGUAACUAAAAUCAUCGAUAUGCAGAGGAGCGGAGCCACCAUCGCCUUUGAUUACUUCAGGGAAAGGGUUAGUCUUAGUAGUAAUAAUCCCACGGUGCUUGCCCAGUUCGAUCGUGCUCGACCUUUGUUUGAGUAUAUUGAAGAUGGAGAUCUCUGGCGGUGGAGGCUUCCUAAUAGUAAAGCUUUCAGUAGUGGCUUUAAAGAUUUGAAUAUUGAAUUCAAUGUUGGGUUGAACCCUUCUUUGUUUGACCAGUUACUUGGUUUGGACUUAGAGGAAGUGAUAAGUAAAGGGAUGAAAAGCUUAUUAGAGAAGCAAAGAUUGAUAGACGAAGCUUUGAGCAAGUCCUUCGAAAUUGCACUUGGUGGUGGACGAUUUGGACAUUGUUUGGCUGUGUGUGCUGAUUCUAUUGCGGAGUUAAGGAGUGAACUUGGGCACCAGUUAGCUACUAAGAGCCACAAUCUUAAUUUAAGAGGAAUUGGGGCCAUCGUAUACAGAAUACCCGAGCUUGAAAAUGAUCAGUUGCUAAAAAUAAGCCUAAGGAGCGUGGAGACUGAAGACACAACACUAAUUUCCCAGGAAUUUAGAGGUGGUGGGCAUCUAAAUGCUAGCUCCUUUAUGUUGAGCUGGGAAGAAUUUAAUCAAUGGAAGGUACUAUCAACUCUGAUGAAGUGGAAGAACUGAUAUCAAAGACUUGUAAUACAUGGAAGAGUACAUGGAAGACCAAACUAAAGAAGGGAAUCAGGAAGAGCAAGCCGAGGAAGAAGAAUGGAUUAUUGAAGAAGGGAUGAUUGCGGAGUUUGGGAACCUUGCUCUUGUUAUUGGGAGGCUUUUCUCAAAGAAAAGAUAUAAAUAAUUCAUUAGUACAAAAUAGAAUGUGGAAGACAAAAAUGAAAUAGGAAGUGAAGAUUCUAAAACAUGAUGCUAUCAAUUUUUGUUUGGUUUCAAGUUUGGAUGAGAAGAGAACUGUCAAAAAGUGAAACGUAAAAUGUCAAGGAUUUUUGCGGGAUGGCUGAUGAUUGAAAGAAGAACGGCCACCAACCGGACAGUGGCAAGAUGCAAGAUGCAAGAUUGAACUUUGUUCCGGUCUAGAUUAGAAUGUCUGGCUUUCCUUUAAAGGUCUUUAAUGCUAGUAAUAUAAAGAGGAAUGGGAAGAUGGCAGAGGCAGUAUUAGAAUUCAAAUUAAACAACAAUCAUAGAAAUUUUAUUGAAUUGCUUUGGUUGUGUUA